ACUGUACAGUCUGACACGUACAAUUAACACAAAAAGGUUGGAUUGGCAGUUCGGCGCGUCCGAUUGAUCAUACCGCAGCGGUGAUUUUCUUUUCAUCAUGGCGGAAGACUCGAGCGCCGACGCCUUAAAUCCUGUCGGAGAUCUGCCGACCGAGGAGCCAGAGUCGGAAGAAGCUACACCAGAAGCGACACUCUUGAAUAAUCUCAUGAUAUUGGCACCUCGUCAACGAAAUCCGUCCGCUGGGACUGCAGCGGCAGGCCUGGCGCUUCCGCCAUUGCGAGCCGAAGAACCGGUGCAGAGCCUCCGCGGAGCACUUACCGAAGUUGUUGGCUACGCGCAUUUGACGAGCUUUCGUUUCGAACUGGCGCCAGAUGGUGCUCCACAAUUCGAAGGCGUUCCCCAGCCCUCCCCGCCGAACACUUUGGUUUCGCCCUUUACCGGACCAAAUGCGGUUGUCUCCAUUCCUUCUCAAUUGCAAUCCUUGAAUGAGGAUCCUCAAAUCCAAGACCGUACCGAAGAGAAGCAUGCCGAUGUGUUGGACGAGUUUGGCGAUCUGACACCCCUCCUAUCACGGGGGCUUACGGACGGAUCGGCCUUUGCUAUGGUAUUGGAACGAUACGAUGCAGCAGGAAUCAAGGAUCAUGUACAGCGACUCAAUUUCUUGAUGGAUGGUAAUGUUCCUUCGGUUGUGAGUUUGGACAAUGAAAAAGUUGCGCAAGUCGACGAGGAGGUGCUAGACGAGAAGUCCACAGACGGGCCAAAAGUACCUCCACUUCCAGAACUACCAACGUUUCCAAACGAUAAAUCCAUCGUUAUAGAUGGCACAAAUCUACAAGACUUUUACUAUAUGGCGUGUGGGGAAGACUUGAAUCUUUACCACGGGAAAGCGGAAAGCUCUGCCUUAAAGACAAAAAAGAAGAAGAAAAAGGCAGUGGUGAACGGAUCCAGGAAAACACAGACUCCGGAACCAGUUGUGAUCGUUUCUGAAGUGUCCCCUGAGGCACUCGUAAAGGAAAAAAUAACCCGUUUGAAUGAAUUGGAAGAUAUAUGCCGGGUCCCUUGCACAAUUCGAUACAGUGGCUUUCAUCCGCCACCUACCUCCCGUCGUUGGAUUGGUGAUUUGGCUUACUUGGAAGUGACUCCUCCGGAAGGCAAGACCCUGCAUAUCACGGCCAUACCGAUGGGGUUUUAUCUCAAUCGCUCGAAAUCUGAAUCCGGUGGACGUGAGACUUUUGAUCCUUCUCCAGCCGUGAAUUCGUGUUUUGCUCACGCUCUAUUGGAUUGUGUGUUGCAAGCAUCUCCGUCGCUUUCGGAAGCUUGGAGACUUGCGCUGGAAGCAUCGGCAGAACGCUCAGAAAUUUUGGCCGCACUGAACAACAAGGGUACUUUUACGUCACUGUUCCGUGUCGCUAUUCGUGGAGAUUUUCAAGGCUUUCAAUCGGCGUCGACGGCACACAUGGCAACACAGGCUCUGGAUUCGAUGCUGCACAAACCGAGUUGGUUGAUAUCUCUGCCACGUGUGUUCCACAACGAGACGUCCUGGAAUCGAAACCAAUUGCACUCCUAUUCCCCUACGCGAUCCGACCAUGAACUGGCGAAUUCUUUUGGUGUCGAUAUCCGUAGCGGCACGAUUCGUGAUUGGAACGAAGAAUUGCAGCUGGCCCGGGAGUUGCCGACUGAAGACGUAAAUGAACGCAUUGAACGUGCAAGACUCAUUCACAAGGUUAUGACUGAGUUUGGCGAGGCCUCGUUGCUUGGGGUAAAGGCGAUUGCUGACGGACAGAUUUCCCCAAUGAAUCCAAACGAGCCAACUCGCUCGCAAGUAUACUUGCACAACAACAUCUUCUUUUCACGAGCUAUUGAUGCUGGUCCAGAAACCUUCAAACUGGCCAAAGGCGACCGUGCGGCCAAAAAGUCGGCGAAUCGAGACAUUCAGUGCGUAGGCACAUUCCAUCGGAUGGAGCAAAAUGAUUUAUAUACGCUAGCCACGGUUUUAAUCGACUUCCUGGGAACGCGAUAUGUCUGCCAAAGUAUUCUUCCCGGUAUAUUGAUUGGCGAAAAGUCGCACACUCUAUUGUACGGUGCGGUGGAAUCGGGCGCACCGCUCAAGUGGAAUGAAGAUUUUCACAAAUUGAUGGAAGACAAACUUUGCGAUACCAUGAUGAUCGCCACGCGUCCAAUCUUAAAAAAUCCCUUGACCGAGGAACGUCAAAACGAAAUUAAAAGCCAGAGAAAGCCCAAUUCAUCUUUUGCCGAUCCCGAAAACCAGGACGACGCUGAUACAGACUUGAAUGCUGUCAUGCAGUCCUGCAUUCCAGUGGAGGCAAAGGGUAUUUUGGGCAGCGAUCAGCGCAAGUAUGUGCUUGAUUUUGGUCGUCUCACACCUCGUGACGCAAAUUGGGUUCCGGAAAAGAAGGGCGGUACGGGAAAGUGGGAAGCUGCCAAGACAGAAAAUGGCAACAAGCGACACAGUGCUAUCCCACUAGACAUUAAAGACGACGAAUGGACGAUGUGUGUACUUCGUCCUGAGCUUGUGUCGCGAUAUACUCAAGUUAGUAUGGGCAAAUAUCUCCAAGACAAGAAGAAUACAGAGGCAGAGAGAAGCGCUGUUGAUAAUCCCGCUUCGGAAAAUAAGCCGACGUCGAAGGAUACGAUGCCAACAGAAGGCGAUGAAAUCACUUCUAAGGAGGACAACAUCGACGCUUCUGAAGGCAGUCAAGUAGACAAAGUAAAUUUCCCAGCAGCGAAAGAUGAGGAUCAACUAAAUGAGCAAAAUUUAUCGGAAGAAGAUUUGAAAUAUUUGAAGUCAUUGCGUUUAAACGUCAACGUAUUUUUGGACGAUGUGAGAUCGUUCGCGGAAAAUGAUAGUGAAGCAGCCGAACUGAUUCAGCAAGAUGAAGGGAGGGCUCGUGAAGUUGCUGUUUUUCUUUGGGAGGUGAUUUUACCCAAAAUUACCCUUGCAAUCAAAGAAUCGUCAGUUCACCAAGUACCUCUUGACGGAUUCUCCCUCACCGAGUUCUUGCAUCGUCAUGGAGUCAAUUGUAGAUACAUGGGACGACUCGCGGUUCUUGCAAAGAAACAGGAGGAAAAGGAUGAGCAAAGUGAUAUUGAGCUGAAGGAAGGCCGAUUGUCCGUCAUUGAAAGACGGAAGAUGCCAAAGUGUUGGCUGGAAUUGCUCGAGUGCGAAAUGGUUGCUCGAGCAGCUAAGCACGUUCUCGAUCGUUACCUGACCGAAAAUGGUGGAGUAGCUGCUGCUCAACCUGCUCAGACGAUUGCCUCUUUUUUGUGUGCUCUCGUGUCCGAAAGCGAGGAGACUGCAGCUCAGACUGAGACACGUGCAAUGCAAUGUCCGGCGGACCAGCCAGACGAAGACGACUACACCGAAAUGACCAUGAAUGACGUGGGCGGCAAUGGCAAUGCUGUGCCAUCCCCGGUUCGGGGAAGGCACGAGGUGUGGCAUGAUAUUGAAAUGGAAAUCGGCCGCAGAUUCCGUUACUCCCUUUCCCUUUUCAACACCGGAAAGCCGAAUGGAAGAGCUUUGCAUAUACCUCUUUUGAGACGAGUAUGUCAGCGAACUGGUGUACGCCUCGUAGCGAAGAGGUACGAUACUGGCGGAAAAUGCCUAUGUAGUAGUGGCAACGUUAUAGGCGGACGACUGGCGGUUUCCUACCCCAUCUCUCCUCUGGACAUUGUCCAUGUUUUACCCUUGAUGAAACAUGCUGCUGCGUACAACGAAGGCUUCGCCGCAUGUUCGAUCGCGCAAACCGUAACAAUUCCUGCGCUUCACAUCUCCUUGCCCGAUGCGCGAACCGCCCUUGAACGUGCUCAUGUUCAAAUGGGUAGUCGAGCUCUGAGUCGGGCUCUGGAGCUCGCCCAGGAGGCCUCUAACCUAUACCAGCGUGUGACAGAUAGUGCAGUUCACCCGGGAGUCAUAGAGAGCAUAGAUUUGAUGUCUACAGUGUUUCUUGAGGCCGGUGACCCCCAUCUUGCGGCUGAAAGCGCAGCUAAGGCGCUUGGGUUGGCAGUUCACAACGGCGGGUUUGAUACACCGAAUGUUUUUAAUGCGCACAUGUCCCUAUUCCAAAUGCUUUACGCCUCUCGGCAGAUGGAUCUCGGAUUGAAGCAUUUACGUGCUGCGAUUUACUUGUUGGAAGUGAUGGCAGGACCAAAUCAUAUUGAACUCUUUAGUGCUUAUCACAAGCUUGGGACGGUUUACUCGCACUCUGAUUACGAUGGUGCGUACCUUGAGACGGCCCUCGAGUGCUUUAAAGAAGUGAUGGCACGCAAUGGUUGUGAUCGAUUGAUGGAUGGAAUCACGGCGAAGAACCAUGCCAAGAUUCUCGCAGGAUUGGGCAACUAUAAGGAUGCCAUCGUCGAGGAAAAGCGUGCCCAUCGGACAUUGUUUACAUUUCUUGGAAAGGAUCACGCGUGGACGAAAGAUUGCGACAAGGAGCUUCAAAUGUACACAAAACUUGCAGUUGAGCACGGAAACAAAAAGGCUGAGACCGACAAAAAGAACGAAGAAGCUGCCCGGGCGGAUGCUUUGGCAGCUGACCUCAUCGCGCAAGAAAACCGGAGCAAGAAGAAUAAGAAGAAAAAGAGUAAAAAGUAA